AUGGCGCCGCCCUUCUCGUCACCCCAAGGUAACGCGCCGCAGACGCUGGCUGCUCUGUGGUGCCUUGUCGUAGUGGCCCUGGUCUUCGUCCUCCUACGGCUCUACACCCGCUACAAGGUCAUUGAUGCCAUAGGAGUAGAUGACCACCUCUUCAACGUCGCCUUUGUUCUCCUGGUGGUCUAUUGCAGUUUGAUCACAGCAUCCUGCUUCUACGGCUUCGGCUUAAUCCGAGACGAUGUUCCAGACCCAUGGCAUCGGUCACUGGUGAUUAUUCUCACGAAUGCCGGCCAGACAGUCGUCGGAGUUGCGGUCUGGUUAUCAAAGACCGCUCUCGCCUUUUUCUUGCUGCGCAUAUUCGGAGCUUGUGGUCGAAAGACUCGUUAUACUAUCAUCAUCCCGCCUAUUCUAUUGGGGCUGUUUGUAACGGCGGGUCUCCUGGCGUUCUGGCUCGAAUGCCGACCGGUCUCUUACCUGUGGGACCGGCUAAAUCCGGAUGGAGUUUGCGGGGACAGUGCGGUUUAUUUGAACCUCAUCGCGGCCAUCCUCAGCUUUUUGUGCGACUUUAUCUUUGCGGCGCUGCCCUGGUUCACCCUCAGGAAUAUUCAAAGUAAGCACGUUGUUGAAGCUACGGAGGAACAGGAACUUACAUCUACACCUAGUGCCGCCACGGGAAAAGAAAAUCGUAUUAUACAGCCUAAGCCUUGGAAUUUUGUAAGUUUUGCUGGUGCGUGUGGAAUAAUGCGAGCAGUCAAGCUACCAACCAUGUCCGACGGAGAAUAUAUGCGGGAUCGGGCAACCUUAAUCGUCUGGCAUGCAGCGGAGCUCACAGUAACUAUGGUUGCCAUCGGAAUACCUGUUUGUCGGCCGCUCUGGAAGGGAUGGGUGAACCGGAUACUGCCAGGCGGCCAGCAAGAACAAAUAUUUUCGGCCAGUUACUUCAGUGGUGAGCAAAGGACGAUAGGAGGCUCCGAGAUGAAAUGGCCAUCCAAAGGAACCGAUUCAAAAGAAAGGUCGAAAUCGAGAAAGGGUAGCAGGGGCCACAGAUCUAGGCCCAGUGACAUCAUUACUACUCACAACGACGACAUCGAGAUGCUGCAGACAGGGGACACCAUGGAGAAGGAUCUCGCAUCAGGAGGGGGACGCACACCAGAUAGCUGGUCAUCUUGGACACGCCCCUGA